AUGCAUACCUUGAGUAACGUCAAUGGGCUGCAAGGGCAGACUGCAACUACUGGCACUACCAAUAAUACGGGUAGACCUCGAGUGACGUCUCAUCCUGGCGCCUAUGCCCUUGCCCCAUCAGGAGGAGGAAUAAGCAGCAGCAUUGCCCCUAAUAACUUGCAAGCAUCCACUAAUACUAGUAAUCCACUAGGACGAGGAGACGAGCAGCUGCUGACCAUUGAAGCAGUUCCCGUGGUGGACGAACACAGAACGGAGCAAGAAAUUGAAAACGAAGUCCGACAACGCAUCUUCAACGAAGCUGUGCAAGCGGAUGCCGUCAUUCCCGUACCCAUGGCACCGGAAGACCUAGAAACGGGAACACCGGCUGAUCAUUCACAAGACAAUCGAAGCAAGCAGCAGCAAGAUUCUACCACUCGAGCCAACCGCGCUCUGUGGAUCGGGGUAGCGAUCCUACUACUCAUUGCUGUCUUGGCCGUGGCGCUUGCUUUGGGCCUUUCCAAUCGAGAUAGCGGCAACCAAACUGAAAGCCAGCAGCAGCAGCAGCAAAGACCCACACUUGUGGAGGGCAAUUCGCCGUCUACUUUAGCUUCCGCCAAUAGUGCCAACGACACAAACACAUCAUCUACCAGCACUGUAGUCGUGGAAACACAACCCGACCUUUCCAAGCCCACGCUUCAGAGAGUCAAGGAACGAGGAUACGUCAAGUGUGGCAUCUACGUGGAUCAACCAGGAUUCGGAUUGCUGGACCCCGCCACGGGAAACUAUUCAGGCUUCAACUUUCAACUCUGUCGAGCUGUGGCUGCCGCCGUGUUCGACGGCAACGGAGAUCGAUAUCAAAUUACCACCGCCGACACGGCAAACCGAUUCCAAUUCAUCGCAUCGGGAGAACUAGAUGUCAUUUCACAAUCCACCACCAUCACCAUGGAACGGGAUCUAGCAGAUGUCUCCACCAAACUGGGUGUCUCCUUCUCCUAUCCAUUCUACUUUUCAGGAAUGAUGUUUGGUGGCACGAGACAAGACUACGUCGAAUGCGCCGACAAACUAGAUCCAUUUCACGGAGUCUGUCGGGGACUCAAGGUGUGUGUCGCUAUUGGGACUACACAAGAAGCCAUGAUUGAUGAACUGUUACCGGGACCAGUCGCGGUGCGAUAUGCCAAUCCACGAGAUGCCGUCGUAUACAUGAAAGAUGGGAGAUGCAACGUCGUCGCGGCAGAACCCGUAUUGCUCAAUCCGUCCCGUGUCAACAACUAUCUGGGUUUGUUCCACAAUCAAACGUUUCGACUCGGAAACAACACGUUCUCCAGAGAUCCGUUGGCACUCUUUACUCGUGAUGGCGACGUGGAGUGGUCGGAUAUUGUCAACUCGGUCAUGAAGAUCCUCUUCACGGGGGAAGCCAGGAAUAUCACCAAAGCAAAUGUGCAAGAAUACAACUUUGAUGAUGCAAAGGUCCCCAUUGCCUUGCAAGAGCGAAUUCAAAACGUCAUUUCCACAGUGGGAAACCUCGGGGAACUCUAUCGAGCCGAAACGGCAGAAGCUCUCCCGCGACAGGGAAUCAACACUUUGAAUCAAGACCUGGACAAGGGACUCAUGUAUUCCUACCCUUUUGGCAUACCCGAUAGAAUACAACCAGAGGAGAUUCCAAGGAUAUCAGAAACCAUGUCUCGCAUACAAGAGGCGGGACGCUUACGAUGUGGAAUCACAGCAAGGCAACGUGGCUUCGCCUGGCGGAACAACUCUACAGCGGGAAGAUGGUCUGGCUUGCAUGUGGAGGUUUGCCAUGGACUGACAGCGGCUCUCUUUGCCGGAGAUACAUCCAGGAUUGAGUUUGUGACCGUCGGGCAUUCGCAUCGCUUCCAAGCACUGAAGGAUGGACAUGUUGACGUCCUGGCUGGAGAACCGAUUUCAUUGACCAACGAGUUCUUUGAACCGUCCACUGGCAUGUCGUACGCUUUUUCCAUGCCGUACUUCUACAACAACAACCACGCCACCGACAUUAACACGACGCAAAGCAUGAUGGCUUUGGCUACCAACCGAACAGACGAAGUUUGGAGUUCCUUUGCAUUUUGGACAAUCAACGCACUCAUUUAUGCCGAGGAGAAUAAUAUUACAUCUUCCAAUGCGAUUGAAAUGCCUACUGUGAAUCUGUUUGGUGUUGCCUACGUGCAAGCUUUGAGAGAUUGCAUAUCCGCGGUGGGCAAUUACGGAGACCUCUACGAACAAACUCUAGGUUCCAUCAUCCCCCGAUCCGGGGGUAACUUACUGAAUCAACGACCCUUCGGGUCGCAGCAAGUGGCAUAUCCUCUCUUCUGA